AUGUUAGGCUUGCUUGAAACAAAAAGGGAGGAUAUUUCGAAAUAUGAUAUUGGGAGGAUUUGGGGUAACAGCUCUGUAGAUUGGGAAUUUGUGGAAUCUGUUGGGGCAGCGGGGGGGCUACUGCUGUUGUGGGAUGAUAAUGUGUUUCAGAAAAGAAAUUGCUAUAAAGGAGAGAGAUGGUUAUGCAUUGAGGGAGUGUUAACUAAGAAUAAUUUUCAGUGUGCUUACUGUUUGGUUUACGGGGCGCAUGGUAGGGUGGCAAAGCGGGUGGUGUGGGAGGAAUUGAGCUAUAUAGCAGGUUUGUGUCAGAUUCCUUUUUGUUUUAUGGGGGAUUUCAAUGAGAUUUUGCAAAUUGAAGAUCGAAAAGGGUUGCAGAGUUUGCCAGGGUCAGCGGAAGAAUUUAAGAGUUGGGUGCAAGACAUGCAAUUGGUGGAUCUUCCCCUUACUGAUAGGAAGUUCACUUGGUUCAGAGGUCAAUCUUGUAGCAGAAUUGAUAGGGUGCUGGUUAAUAUAGAAUGGGUGGAGGAGUUCCCUGACAUUAGGCUGAAAGGGGGGCCAAGAGGAUUGUCUGAUCACUGCCCGUUGAUUGUGGAGGAUAUAAGAGGAAGAGGGGGGCCUAGACCAUUCAGGAGUCUGGAUUCUUGGUUUACCCAUGAAGAUUUUCUGAGGAUGGUAAAAAAUGAAUGGCGGACUUUGGGCGAAGGUCCGUUUCUUGAGAAACUGAAGGCUUUGACACUACCGCUGAGACAAUGGCACAAGGCUAACUUUAGUGAUAUGGAAAACAGACUAACUCAGUUUGAGGAAGAGAUUAGGAAGUUGGACGAGAAGGUUAGUGAAGGUAUCUAUGAUGAUACAACGGAGGCUAGAAGGAAGGCACUGGUGAGAUUUUGUGAAAAAUGGUACAUUAGGAAGGAAAUUCAUUGGAAGCAGAUGUCUAGAUCUAAACAUGCAAGAGACAUGGACAGAAAUACUCGGUACUUCCAUCAUAUUGCAUCGGCUAGAAGGCGGAAUAACAGGAUUGAUGCUCUGAUGAUCCAAGGACGGCUUGUGAGGAAUCAGGCAAGGAUAAAGCAUGCAAUAAGGGGAUUCUAUAAGGAACUGUACCGGCAGGAGUAUGUGCCAAGGAUUGGUGUUCGGGAUGGGUUGUUGCCGCAAAUUGAUGUAGUUGAGUCAGAGGCCUUGGAGGUUUUACCGUCUGCAGAGGAAAUUAAGGAGGCAGUAUGGGAUUGUGAAUCAUCGAAGGCCCCAGGUAGUGAUGGCUACAAUAUGAAUUUUAUCAAGAAAUGUUAG